AAACGUUCCGUUAUACAAGAAACGUGACACGACAGCCAGCUUUCCGUUGGCUUCCGUUUGGAUCGUCAUGCCUCCAAAGAGACAACCCCUCAGAAUCCGAGGUCCGCCCUCUGAUGACAAGCCUGAAGACUCAUCCGCAGUGGCGCCGGAUCUCAAAGCAAUUCAAAUCCAGAAACGUCUUGAUGAGCGAGUUGAGAAGAUCCGCACCGACUACUUGACCAAAGUAGACGGCGUCAAAAAGAGAGCCAAAGGCCGCAUCACUGCCCUGAGCACCAAAGUCAACCAAGCCCGAGGAAAGGACCUAAGCAGGCUAGUGGAGCUGCUGCAUCAAAGACAAACGACCCAGUCAACAAUCGCCACCAAGUUGACGGGUCUGGAACGAGAGUUGGGUAGCCUUCGGCGUUACUUCGAGGCCGGCUACAACGUAGUGGAGAAGAGAGCCGCAGAGUUGCCGGAUAUCUGCAUCACGCACCCAGAGACCGGUGACGAGGAACCCAAAGAGUACAGAAGUAAGGCGGCCGCUAUGCCGUGAGCUUUGGGGGCCUUCAUGCUCAAGCUGUAUCUCCAAGGAGAAUGUUGUAAAACGACCCGGUGGAAAACAGGGGUUUGAGAGGAUGAACCAGAAACCUUUGUUCUCUGUAGCCGGCCCCUGAGCAUGUUAGUUCGGCGGACGAGGCUGUUAGUGAUUUCCCCUGGAUUUGGUCAGGAUGUACAAGAUGGCCGCAGUGCACAAAACAAUUGACUGGUGUAUAUGUAGACCAUAUAGUUUCGACACUAACUCAGCCG